GUCUAGACCUCUAGACUCCGCCCCAUAAAGAAGGGUGGAAUCCGCCCUUAGAGGUGCGCGUCUGUUUCACCUCUUCACUUCGAUAGGAAUAUACGCAGCUCUUCAAAUUCAGACAAAGACGACGACAAUUGCUUCCUUGGACAACACAAGAUGGAUUUUCGCCCACUGUUUGUGUUUCAUGGCUUCGCCACUGAGCUAACCCUGGAGCGUACGGCGGAGGCAGCCAAGGUGGCGAAGGCAGCCAAGGUGGCGAAGGAAGCUAAGUCCUUGGUGGCCUGCGCGGUGCAGAAAGGCGAGGAGGUGAAAGAGGAAGCCCGGGCACGCAUCCGCCAGUCUGGAGGAGACCCCGGAUGCCCCAAGCUGGUGCUCAGUGAGAGCAAACUCCAGUUCGGGCAGUACCGGGGUCAAACCUUCAAGUGGCUGCUGGGGAAUGACGUGGGGUACGCCUGUAGCAUCGUGGUGUUGCACCAAAAGGAGCGUGCCAGCGGAGACACUUCCCGGUCACCUCUCGCGGUCAACAAAACCGCACUGGCGUCUUACGCACAGCUCUUUCCAGACAUGGUCGCCGCCCUUCGCUCUCAGGCCGUGCGCAUGGGGGAGAUGCCCUUCAGGGAGCUGGAUGGCAGAGCAGUGGGUUUUGGGGCUCAUGCCAAAAGAACAUACUCCGCCACUUUUGCAGACGUACGUACGUUGGCCAACGCGCGCCAUUUCCAGGUUUACCUUCUGGAGGGUCUGUGUAGGUGGAACGAGGGCCGAGGAAGAGCGGCGGUGAAAGGGACCGAUGAUGUCACGGUGCAGUGUUACGACGCCGGCCUGCAAGACGCACUCGCGCAGCUGACACAAAAGCUCAUGGGUCUCACGCUGGUUGACAAUUACACCCCGGCGAGCAAGUACACAGGAGAGCUUAUUGGCAUCCAGUAUCUGUAUGCCCAGACUGGCGCCGUGCUGCAGUCCCACGUUGUGGAUGAUCCGGACAAGCCUGACUCAGAUGACAUGGAGGACGAAGACCAACUCGAGGAUGAUGAGGGUUACGAUGACGAGCCAGUGGGAAUCGAGCAGUAUACGGGUGACCGCCACUCCUCCGUGACUCUGCCUCCCGACGAUGAGCCAGCAGAAGAGAAGGAAGAAGAAGAAGAUGUGUUAGGUCCAGACGGGAACGGCGGAUACCAGCAUGUCUGUCGCUUGGCCACCGCCCUUGUUGCGCUGCGGCGCCAAAUGUUUGUGCCGCCUCGGCAGGAGAGGCAUAUAAUAGAACUUUGGCAAAAGCUGACAGACGGAGACAAAGCGCCUCCCAGCCUUCCCCCCCGCCACGCUCCCAAGCUGAACAAGGGACGCUUCAGGGUCUCCAGGCAAAACCACUUGGAAGGGGUGGCCAGUGUAAAACGUUUGUGCAUCGGGCGGGGCACCGAGGUUGCGCACUCCCCGGCCACAAGCAGGUUGAUGGAGGCAGUCUUCAUUCAGCUGUCGAGCCACCACAGCCAAGAGCACCGCAUUUCAGGGUUCCGGCAGAGCCGAUGGUCACUGAUCAUGCGGGACUACACGCGCAUUCGCGGGAACCUGUCCGGCAACCGGGCCAUCAAAGCUGCUGGCUGCAGCAUUCGCCUCCUGGAGGUCAACCACCGCACGCUCACUCAAUGGUUCAACAAGCGGUGUAAGGACAUGGCCACUGCUGAUGUUGUUGCGACGGUGCCAGCACAAAGUGCAGCAGCGACGACACGGUCCCUUCCUGCAGCCAGGGAACUGAUGGUAGACGUCGCACAACCCCAUGACGCGCACGACUUUCAGCACCCAGCUGACACAUCUGGGCUGGCUUGCACACGAAGGGGGCCUGUGGUGCCAGAACUCUACCGUGCUGUUGUUGCUGCUGCUGCUCCUCCAUUGUCAUCAUCCUUUGCUGCUCCUCCAUCAUCCUCUGCUGCUGCUGCUCCUGCUCCUCCAUCAUCAUCAUUAUCAUCCUCUGCUGCUGCUGCUCCUGCAUCAUCAUCAUCAUCAUCAUCAUUAUCAUCCUCUGCUGCUGCUGCUGCUCCUCCUCCUCCUCCUCCUCCCAGGAUACCACACUCAACAGCCUGGUAUCGGAAAAAGAAGGCACUUAGCCUAGGUGGUAUUAUGGAUGCCCCUCCCAAGCGAACCGAGACAUUCAAGUGCAAACUCUGUGGGCAACCAAAGAAGAAAGAAUAUGGCCACAGUCGCUACAGAAACGAGACCUUUUGCGCACGUUCACAGGGGCGUUCGGUGGAGGAGUGGUUGGCUGAGAAAAGGAGCCAGGACACACAAAGACAGAGGCAGGCCCAGCACACAAGAGCAACCCAGCCACCUGCUGUUACUGUGCCCAACCCACAGACCCCUGUGCCCAACCCACAGACCCCUGUGGUACCCAACCCACAGACCCCUGUGGUACCCAACCCACAGACCCCUGUGGUGCCCAACCCAUACGCCCAUUCUAUGUUGUUGCUGCGGAAGAUUUUACCAAAACCACCUCUGUAACCAACCUUAUGACUUAGCUCUCUGUUUUUUGCAUUGUCCCUUUAAAAAAUACUUGUGAAUACUCUGUAAAUACUUUGUACAUGACUUUUGCAUUGUAUAGUUUUAUUGCAUCUUGUCUUAUAUGUCUGCUGUAAAAAAUACUCUGUAAAUACUUUGUACAUGACUUUUGCAUUGUACAGUUUAGUUUAUGUGUGGAAAUUAAACAUGUGAUGUUGAUUGUAA